AUGGCGGAGAAGAAGGAGCAUUGUGUUCGGGAAAUAUCUUCCUUUGUGACUCAUACUGCAACGGAAAUGGAAAGAAUUCUGUCGCGUUUUAAGUGGAGAAAGGAAGAUUUAUUGAAGAAGGUCUGGAGAGACUUUCCUUUAAGCCCGUCAUGAGUACUUGUUUAAUGUAAUAUAGGAAAAUAAUUUUAUUUACUUAGUUCAAUUCUGCGCGCAGAGUCAAAUGAAAACAUCUUUCCCCACUAUUGUUUUUUUAUAACCUUCAGCUGUGUUGUUGCUUCCCUUUGCUUCUUCUGGUUUACGUCAUCCGUGUCCGGUACAUGUUGUGCGAACGUGAAAGGUUGGGUUUCUUCGCACCCAGUCUUGAAUAUAUAAUUUCAAGAUACAUGUAUUUUGUUAUUCUCACUCAGCAAGCUUACACGCGUGUGCAGCAAUUGAAAUUGUAAUCCACAUGACAACUUUAAAGUAUAUAAUAUUUUCAAUAUUUUUGCUUGCAGAAGUUUAAAAGUCCAGUCUUGGAUUAAAAAAUAUAUUGGAACUUUGAUUUUAAAUCUUACCAAUUAAUCUGUGUUAAUUUGCCUUAAGACGAGAUAUGAUUUUUUAAUGCAAAAUUACAGUCAGUUCAUACAAGAGUGUAAAUUAGUGCUCUCUCUUCUAAGGUCAACAGUUCAAAGUUGAUACACUGUCCAUAUGACUUCAGCCACAGAAUACCAGCAUCAAGACUCAAUAAACACUUAUCUCUUUGCCAGUACAAAACAAAGGACAUUAAUCCUCAGGUGUGUCUUACAACUGUAAAUAUUUUUACAAUACCCUAAUCCUCCCUCUUUUUGAUUAUGGAGAUGUUAUAUGGAGGGACAAGAACAAUGAAACCAUAAUGUUAGAAUUACAGAUCCUACAGAAUAAAGCUGCUGAAGUUCUGCUGGGGCACUUACCCCAAAGCUCAUCAACUGAAGCACUGAGGAGUUUAGAUCUCAAGUCACUCUUCACAAGAAGGUUUUUUCAUCGUUGCAUUGCAAUCCACAAGUGCCUGAUUGGGGAAACUGACUUUAACUUUAAUUUUAUUAAAAAUCAAGCUGUCCAUUCAUAUAACACAAGAUGUUCCAAUGAUCUUCGUUUACCCCUUCCUUGAACCAACUGGGGUAAACAAACAUUUGUCUAUCAAGCUGCAAAAGACUGGAACAGUCUUCAAACUGAUCUCAAAGAAACUGAUCUCAAAGAAACACAUCUCUUAUCUACUUUUAAAUCCAAGCUGAAAACUUUUUUAAAAAAUUUUGAUUAAUUUUAAACUUUGAUAUUUCAAUUAAUUAUAAAUUUUAAGAUUUUGACUCUUCAAAUUUAUAUAUAAACACAUUUUAUUUUAUUUAUUUAAUAUUAUUAUUAUUAUGUUAUCAAUUAAGGUAAUUAAUUUAAUUAAUUUGAUUAAUUAAUUUCCCACUGAAAACUGCCAUGGUGAGUUGGGCUCCCUCAUUAAAUUAUUAUUAUUAUUAUUAUUAUUAUUAUUAUUAUUACUAUUAUUAUUAUUAUUAUAUUUAUAACUCCCAUUAGUGACCACGACAGAAUUUCUCCUAACAAUACCAAUAAGAUAUCAACCAGAUUAGUGAUGAGAAUAAAGAAAAAUUUCAAUUUGGAGAUAAUUAGUUGAUCCAAUUCUAAAUUCUCUGAGCUAACAUCAUAAGAAUUGUAUGGUUGACAGUAAGGAGAAAGACAAAUUUAAUCUGGGAGUUCAAGGGUCAAAGCAUGAACAUGAUACCAUUAAGUGGGGACAUAAACAACUUUAUAUAAUUAUUCUUACACCUAGAGGAUUAAUUUCAAUUUUCUAUCCACAGGAUGUCUGUACAAGCCCUGAAUUCUUCUACCAGACAUGCAAGGCAGUGAUACCAAUUGCUAUAGGUAUUUUAUUAUACAUAACUAUUCUAGAAGUUCAUUUAUGCCAUUAUUUAUGGUAAGCCCUCUUUCAAAUGUGAUUAAAAAUCCCAAGCACCAGAAAGCAGACACAUGUCUGUGACACAGCCAAGAUGCUAGACAAAUGAAGCUGAGAAGUUUUGCUGGAUUACAUAACUCAGUUAAUCAUAAAGGAAUAUCAUUGGUUUCAUUUUUUAACCCCUUACACCCAAAGAUCAGUCUGUAUAUUCUCUAUACAGUUCUCCAUACAUUUCCUAAAAUGCUGUCAAGGAGAAUUUGCAGAACAAUCAAAGAGUUUCUUUAGUUGAUGAUCAUUUCCUUUAUCCUUGCAACUUUAAUAUUCGAUUCAAGGUUUAUAUAUUGUCAGGAGAAAUUAGACACUAGUCACUCUUAAAGAUUUAAAGCAUUGCAACAAAGUAACUGAAAUGUUUUCAUUAACACUGCUGUUUACUUGGGUGUUUUUUCUUAUCAUUGCUUUUCUACACUAGAUGAAAAGCACUACAGUUCUCUAAAAAAUGGCCAUGAAAGGUAUGAGCCAAAAUUAUGAUUUGUUAUGUACAGUUAUGAAUUGUACAAAGUUUUUGCAAAUAGUAUAUUAAGAUGAACAGACCAAUAUUGACUUGUUCCAUUUUGUCUAAGACCAGUUUUCAGAAAAAGUGUAGAUUAUAAAAAAGCAAAAAAAAAUUUAAAAAAAGUAGAAUUAUUAUAGUAGAUGAAACUAUUGCAUUAGUUUUAAAACUUUCUGUACAUCCCCCUUUGAUAUUUUAUAAAUGCUUUCUUCUUUCUGCAUUGAAUUUAUGGGUCUUUUUAGUGGCAAAUUAGAUACUGGAGUCCACAUCAGGGUCAAUAACAAGGUAUGGAAAAUAAUAUAAAUCAUGUUUCAUCCUCAUUAGAGCCAUUUCCUUUUUCCUUUUGACAAGUUUUUUUUGGCAAAAAGCUUUGUGUUCCAAACAUUGAAAUCAGUGCAUGCACAUGUAUACCUGUACUAGGGCAUGAAAUCUGAUACACAUACACAGGUGAUUUCUGUUGUUUUUUAGGCAGUACCAACAUGUUGUUCCUUGUUGACACCAAAAGAAAGAUCUGCACAUAACACUCAGAGCAUGACGGUUGAUGGGAGGACUUGUCACAAUGAUUCAGCACAUGAGAUAAGGUGAGAUGUGGGUUGAGUCUGUCAUACAUGUACAUGUACUUUCCAUUUGUCUUUUGGACACAAAACAGUCAUAGCAUUGUACAGUGGGGUGGAAGAUGCAGUUGAGUAAAGGAUAAGGCACUCCUGAACUACAAGUCCAGAGAUUCAGGUGUGAGGCCUGGCUGGGUCAUUGUGUCUUGUUCUCUCAUAGGGACUCUUUCCACCGAUCCAAGGGUAUAAAUGGGCACCAGUGAAUUUUCGGCACUGAAUUAAACCUGAAAAAUGGCAGGGGACUGUGGAGCAUCCCAGGCACGGGUUUUAGCAAUGCUACUAGUUGCUUCACAUGUUAUGAAAAGUGGCCUUGGAUAAUCAACAGUAUACUUAGACCUUUUAGCUCAUGAUCUAUACUUUUUUAUUUUCCAACAUGUAUUAUUGAAUGCUUUGCAGCAGGUCAAUAAUGGCAUGGGAAGAGAUACCAUCCUCUCAAUUGCAGCUGGAGCUUCAUCUUCUGUCACAAGAGGAAAUCAAGACUUGGAUCAUUGGGAACUUACCACAAGUUCAGUACUUGAGGUAUGCUUACAGGAAAUGUACAGCUUAGCCAACAAGCAGGCUCUAAUUAGCUGCUGGGUGAGUGGUGGUGAUUUCAGUCAGCAAGCAAAGCAAGUGUGGCAGAAGUAUGCAAGGCUUUUGUUAGGUGUUUACAAUAGACUGGCUUUGCUUGUUUGUGUAAAUCUUAUGGGCUUUUUUCUCACUUGCUGCAGAGCUAAUGUGAGCGUGUUGGCAAGCUAAAUGAAAUAUUAUCACAGGGGUCUGUCUCAUAGAAAUAGUGGAAAGUCAUAGAAUUGAACAAAAUCAUUUUCCAGACUACAAAAACCUUUUAAGUUAGUGUGGAAGUCAUAGAAAGUCAUGGAAAACCUGUAAGACUUAAAACAGUUUUUCAUAAAACAACAAAGCAAGAAAUAUUAUGAAUGAAUGAUCAUUUGACCAUUAUUUUUAGGCCAAAAUCUCAAUGUGGGCUUAGAAAACGAAAAAAUAUCCAAUGAAGUUAGCUGAAAAUUAUGGAAUUUUAUGACAUUUAACCCUCUAACUCCCGAGACCUGAUCGUUAAUUCUCCUCUCUAGCUUCUACAUAUUUCCCUGUAAAUUAGUAAUGAGAAUUUGGUGUUAGAUCAAGAUGACAACUUCUACGUGAUAAGUUUGAAUAUUCUCAUUACCUCUUUGCUGGAUAAUGUUUGGAUAUUAUAGGGAGAAGUUUCAUGUUGAUCACUUCUGGGAGUUAAAGGGUAAAGGUGUCAGAAAAUGAAAUCUGCUUCUUGAUUGAAGGUAUGAAUACUGUCAGUUGGCAAGUAACAACAUUUGCCAGGUUCUCAUACGUUGCGCAUGUUACAAUGUAAAUAAGUGUUUUUCCCUUGAAACAGUUCUGUUGAUGGUGCCAGUGAACAUUUGGUGGAUUUUGUUUUGUCCUGUCUUCAAGAGGAGAAAGUUGCUCAUCCCAGUGGAUUGGAAGAAAUGCUGAAAGAUUUUUUAGGAGAUGGUAAGACGCUUUUGUUAGGCCUGUGGUUUUUUGCAAACUCAUUGUGUAUUAAGUAUUACUUUUUUAUUUUCUCUUGCAUUGCUUGAUGCUUAUUUUAGAAACAAAGGCUUUUGUUUUGAACCUGUGGAAGUUUCUGGCUGUUUCAGUUACCAAGGAGAAAAACUCUGCCAUCUACGUGAGUAUACUAUAGUUAUAUCAAUACAUUACUCUAAUUUCAGAUAUUUUGUUGUUGUCAGAAAAAAUCUCGUGUCCUAUCUUCUCAAAAGCAUUUCCUCGUACAAGAAACUUACCUUUUAUAUUAAUUUUCACUUAGCCUCAGAUGGAAAACAAGACGCAAGAUUCUUCAGGUAUGCCAUGAUACCGUUCCUUCAAUUGAUGUGAAGUUUGCUUGUCACAAGCAACUGUAGUGUUUGCACAUGCUUGAUACCUUUUUCACAAUUAUUGUGGAUUUUUUAUUUCUUAAAUUAUAGUCGGAAAUAUUAACCUAUCUGCUACUACUCAGUAACUGAGUUUGCAAUUUUUUCUCCCCUCAUAGCCAAUAGCUUUGAAACAAAGACAGACGUUCCUGACCACCCAGAACCUGUUGGAAGCCCCGUGAAAGAAAUACCUCUCCCGAUGGACCGAGUAAUAUCUGACUUCUCUCCCCAACAACGGCUCACUGUCUAUGAGCACGUGAUACAGGUUUGUUACCAAGAAAUAGGUAACUUAAAACGGAUAGAUUGCAAUGUUUUUUUCCCGUAUGUAGAGUCUUAUGGUUUAUCACCAACUACUAAAAGCAAAACAUUGUAACAGUCGAAAUACCCGAUUGUUUGCGUAACAGAAAUGAAGAGUUCGUCUGAUUACUGGGAGAUAUUCGCUUUCUCUUUGCCUUUUAUUUCAUUUUCAACCCUAUGAUUGGUUUAGUUCUGUUUUCCACCAGUUGCUCUUCUCAAUCAGAAAAAAAUUCAAAACUGGAAAGAGCCGCGCGCUCUUGACACUUGUUCGAGAGGUUUGGGUCCAAGCUCUGGCCGAAUCACUCUGUUGUCUUCUUGGCCAAGUUGCUUUCCACCCAUAAUGCCUCUGUUCACCCAAAAAACUGUUAGAGGAACUCGAAAGAUUAGGAGUCAUGCCUUAAAUAUUGGUAUAUGCUUUGUUAUUGAUUGUAAAAAUUAGUUACCAGGUUCCUCGGUCUUGACUUCUGUUUUUUCUACAGGCUGCAAAGACAAAACGAGAAACAGACAAACAGGAGAUGGAUUUAGAAAUUGUUUCUGACUCGAAUGAGUCUAAAGGUAAGAAAAAUGGCAUGCUCAACGGAAAAUGAGUAGGCUUCUUGCAAACUGCUUUUGUUAAGAAAUAAUGAAUCAUGCACGUUUUCGAAUGUGUCACGCUCGAAUUUUUGUCACGUACUAAUUUAUGUCACGCUCUUGGAAUGUAGGAACAGAGGGUGAUCAACCAAAAACCCAUUUUGAAGUGUUAGCUGAACAGCGUGACUACAAACGUCGGCGACAGAGCUACCGGGCGAAAAAUGUACACAUCACCAAAAGGAGUGCUGUAGAGGUAUGAAUCGGCUGUCAAAUCACGGGCCACACUCAAAUCUGAUCUAAGCCAUCCCCAAAACGUAAGGAACAUCCGCUUUAUAAUUUCUUUAUAAGCUUGAAAUUACAUCCUGAUAGACAGACAGACAGGCAGACGGACUAACGCUCGUGCUUACGCACAUACGGACGGAUGGACAGACAAGCAGACGGUGAGAUAGACAGGCAGGCGGACGGACUGACGCACGUGAUUACGCACAUACGAACGGACAGACAGACAAGCGGACGGUGAGAUAGACAGACAGACAGACAGACGGACUGGCGCACGCGUUUACACACAAACGUUAGGACAGACAGAAAAGCAGACGGUGAGAUAGACGGACAGACAGAUAGACUGGCGGACGCACGCACCUAACCACGUUCGUUUAGAUAGACAGACGGACGGACGCACGUACGUUUAUACGUACGUACGGUAGGAAGGACACACUGAGAAACAGACAGACGGAUACAGCGGCAAAACUGCCUCUGCUCCGUCACAAGGCUAAUUAUCAAUACAUUGUCGAAGCUAAACUGACACUUGUAGUGGAUUUCGAAAAAAUAAUAUUCCCCUAAUAAUGUAUGAUUUAAUUCUUUCAGGUUGGCACUAAGAGAUUCUACCAUAAAUCUGUCUAAAUGGGUGACGUAAUGCUAAAUGCAUUUUAUGUUGUCGGUCCUAAUGGGGUGUAUGUUCUCCGGUAGUGCGUGACACUUCUUCUUGUCUGUUGAUAGAUAAUGCGUUACCUUAUGCCACCUGAUUCAAGCUAGCGUGUGAGCUAAGGCGACGCGUGACACCGCGACCGUCAGUUUCUAAAUAAAGCGUGACCCUAUGCCUUCUUAUUAAGACAGCUUGUGAACCAAGGUAUUACGGGAUACCCUGUGCUGUUAUUUUGUAAGAAAUCCUUUAUCUUAGGUCCUCUGUUUGCAGGUAAUGCGAGACCUUAUCGAGACGCAAAUGCAUGUCUUAGAAAUGCAGUACAAAGAAGAACACGGCAUUACUGGUAAUAAUUCUGAUGUUGGAGACAUGCCUGAAGAGGAGCACGAAAAUAAAGCAGAUUUCAAGGAUGGUACGAGACGAGGGAUGAGAGACGAUGAAGAGACUCGACGAAUGGAACGAGACAGAAGGCAACGCCGAGGAGGGAAUAAACGGGUUUGGUAUUACGACAAAAGAGACUCAGAUACCAAGAGAUCGAGGAGAUGAUAAUGUACAAAUGAACCUUUUUAAGAUAAGCGAAUGAAGACGUAUUUGUGAAUAGUUAAAUAAAAUUGGCAAGCUCUGCAUGCAAGGGAUAUUUUUUGAGUAGAAUGGGUGGGAUGGGCCACUU